AUGAACAAGAUCUUCCCCCAGGGAGCUGUCAAUGGCAACGUUGCUACUGAAAUCAAAUCUCUCCCUGGAGGGAAAGCAGGCUGCGGCUCCCUCUGCUGCUCGCGCCGCGGGCCCUGCCUCUCGGCCUCCGUACUGCUCCUGCUGGCAACUCUUGCGGCCCUCAUCACCCUAGUGGCCAUCUAUGGACUCCCACUAGACACACCAGGGGCCCAGGCCUGUGUGACACCUGCUAACAGGACGGGCUUCCUAUGCCAUGACCAGAGGACCUGCAUCCCGGCCAGUGGGGUCUGUGACAGCUUCCGCACCUGUGCCCAUGGUGAGGACGAGGAUGAGGGCCUGUGCCGAGAUGUGCCCCAGAGCCUCCCCAGUUUCCUUGUGGCCCACUGUGGAGACCCUACCUUCUGGAUUUACUCAGACCAAAGGUGUGACGGGAUCAACAGUUGCGGGGACUGUUCGGAUGAACUGAGCCCAGUGACCAUGUGCCCAUCCUGUGGUCCCGGGUGGUGGCGCUGCACCCCAACUGUCUUCAAGUAUUGCGACUGCAUCCCAAGGAGUCUCUGCCGAGACCACGUGCAGCACUGCUCCGACUGGUCCGAUGAGUAUUCCUGCCCUGGACCCUGA